AAAAGGGCUAACCUGUCGUUCAGCUUGACCAGCGAGAAUGUAACUCAUGGCGGCUGCUGAUUCCUUCGAUUUGUGGGCUGCAUCCUUGUGCUGGGCAGAUGAGGGCGCUCCUCAGCUGCAUCCACAGCCACAGCUGGUGGAGCCUUUUUUGCUUUCAGGUGAUGGUGAAGCCAUUUGCCCUCAGGCAGAGCCCAGGUCCUUUGGUGCGAGGACGCAUGAAGAGCUAAACAUUUUGUCCACGCAGGACAUAAUGGACCAUGAGGCUUCUUUUGAUUGCGGAGAGUGUCCCUCGGCGCCUCAGGAGUCAGAGACUGGACCGAGCAGGCCCCCGCUUUCUCCAAGCUGCGCUGGUAGCACACCGGUGGCACAUGCAGUGGAGGAGUCCAAGGUUGAUGUCCCUGUAGACCGACCUUCUUGUGAAAACACAGCUCGUGACCAGGCCUCGGUCGAGCCCGAAGGGGUCAUCAAGAGACUAGAAGCUGCUCCGCAGAUGGACACAGAAGUUGCUCAGCCCCAAGGGCUAGGUGCUGCUUGUGAGACCUUGCUUUACGAGGUUCCAGAUGUGGCUCAGCCACUUGAACCUCAAGGACCAGGCACGGCUUGUGAGACCUUGCUUUACGAGGUUCCAGAUGCGGCUCAGCCACUUGAACCUCAAGGACUAGGCGCUGCUGGAGAGACUUUGAACUAUGAGGUAUUGCCUCCAGGAGACGAUACGCUGGCAUUCCAGGCACCGGCUCAGCCUUCUGAAGAUACUCUCCCGUAUGUCCAAGCUUUUGUUCAAGAUAGUUGCCCUGUACACGGCUCUGCUGGUGUGACCGUGUCCUCCAUCGCCACACCAGUGCGCCAAGGGAGACAAUUGAGACCAAAGCCUUGCCAAGACCAGGCCCAGCCAAGCAGACGGUCAAAGUCACGGAAACCCAAACGACCAGGCUGUUGCGCCGGCGAUCUCAACGACGAGGAGGGUAGCUGGUUGGUGCCGGUGAAGCGCCGUAAUGCUGAAGCCGCGAGCGUCAAAGAAAAGAAGAUUCGAUUGGAGGUUCAGCUGCCUGGGCCACGGCUGCGCAGCCUUGCGCCGAGCCAGGAGAGCAUGAGCAAGAAGCAGCUCACCCUAGCUCAGGCCUGGAAAGGUCAGAUCUCAAUGCCUAACGAGCUGAUCGUCGAGGAUAGCUAUGUUGAAUGAAGUGCACGAGACUUGAGACUCGGCGGGUGCCGUUGCUCCCAGUCUUGCCAACUGACGCGGCUUUGUACAGUUUGGUAGUGGUUUCCGGGGGAUUGGAAUCCCGAAAGGUUCUGAAGGCAUCUUGCUUGAUCUGAGGGGA